UCUUUCCAAUGGUCUUCUUGCAGUCGCAGUUCGCCUUCGCCCCGAGCCUUUCUUUCCGAAGGUUCAAUUAGCCGGAGAUCAAAUAUCUGUAACUCUCAUUGGAAUCAGUUGCCCAUCAAUAACUAGAGUAAGAUUGUUUUUUCCUAUUAUAUAUUCAACGACACCAGGUAUAUCACAUUUCCACUUUAACUAUAACAGGCUUAGCUGCUGUGGGUGAUUCUGGCGUAAAUAUGACAUCAUCAACAUCUCUAAGUUUUUCUGCUUCUCUCUCCAAAUCGGAUCCCCUCAACUCUCCGGUUCUGAUCAUCGGACAAGUGAAAAACCUCCAGAAAGUCAAAUUUCGGGACAUUAGUUGUAAAUUAGAGCCAAGGGUUACCGAAGAAGUUUAUUUGUCUGCCCUUGUCGCCUUACACCCAAGUCCAACAGACUCAAUUCCUCUGUAUUUAAAUUUAGCCACGAUUGCAGCACUUCCUUCAAAAUCAUCACGGCACAACUCUGCAUCAAGCCCUCACUCAAUCACCAAGAUUGUAAAGUCUGCUACUUUUGGUGUCAACGAGUACAUUGUUAUAGUAUGUGAAAAAAGUGAUGUUUUUGCCUCAGCAUGUGCUGUAGCGAGAGCAUUCCCUCUCUAUUCCCGGAAAACAUCAAAACCGUCAAGUGUUGAUUCAGCCACUCAGACUGUCCCAGCCACUGUCACCGUAGAAUUCAUUAUCGUGGGAGAAAGUGAAAAUGAAGGUGAUCUUAGCCUAACAUCUAGCGAUCUCCAGACUUUAGAAGCUGCAGCUAAAGGCAUCCGACUCACAGCUAAAAUUGUAGAUAUUCCUUGUAAUGAAAUGAAUGUCGAUGAUUUUCUGAUGGAAAUAAAAGCUAUCAAAAAUGAAUUAGGAAGUGUCUCUCUCACAAUAAUCCGUGGUGAGGAACUAAAGGAGCAAGGUUUUGGUGGGAUUUACGGAGUAGGUAAGGCCGCCUCCGUCCCACCUGCAUUAGCUGUAUUGUCACACACUCCUCCUCGUGCAACUGAGACUGUUGCAUGGGUUGGUAAAGGCAUCGUUUAUGAUACUGGUGGUCUGAGCAUUAAAGGAAAGACAACUAUGCCUGGAAUGAAACGAGAUUGUGCAGGAGCUGCUGCUGUUCUAGGUGCUUUUUACACAGUAGUCAAGUUAGGUUAUAGGCAGAAUUUGCAUGCUGUCUUUUGUUUAGCUGAAAAUUCAGUGGGGCCCAAAGCCACGCGACCUGAUGACAUCCAUACUUUAUACUCUGGCAGAACCGUUGAAAUCAAUAAUACUGAUGCUGAGGGCCGUUUGGUUUUAGCUGAUGGUGUUGUCUUUGCCUACCGUAAUCUUGAAGCCUCUAUUAUUUUGGAUAUAGCAACUUUAACUGGCGCUCAAGGAGUAGCAACCGGUAAAUAUCAUGGAGCUAUUCUGAGUAACAGCGCUGAAUGGGAGAAUCUAGCAUUCAAAGCAGGAUUGACUUCUGGGGAUUUACUAUUUCCAAUUCCGUACUGUCCAGAAUUACACUUCCCAGAGUAUGCCUCUGCAGUCGCUGACAUGAAGAACUCUGUCGCUGUUAGUGGUGAUCGCAGCAAUGCCCAGCCAUCUUGUGCAGGUCUGUUUAUUCAGUCUCAUUUAGGUUUUGACACUCCGUGCGCCUGGAUUCAUGUGGACAUGGCAGGUCCUGCAUACUGUGGUGAACGAGGAACUGGCUAUGGUGUAGCAUUGCUAGCAACUUUAUUUGGUCACAACACUUCGGAUAAAAUCCUUCAAUCAUUGAGUGAAACUCCUAAAAGUUGUUCAAAUAAUGAAGAUAGAUCGUGUAAAAGACCAAAACGGUUCUGAAUGAUUUGCUUUCAAGUAUGUUGCUGGCUCUAUUAACUACUGCCCUUUUUUGUAUUUUAUAUUUUUAUUAAGAUUUAAGGAAAAAAACAGCAUUGAUUCGAAGUUGCUGGUGCCGUACUUUUGUAAAAUAUGUUUGUCUCAGAAAAAUAUUAAGCGAUGAGAAUGACCAAUAAUUGUAGAGAACACAUUGAUGACUUAGAAUUGGAAAGUGCGUACUGGCAUUGAAACUUUUCAAAGUAUCUGUUCACUUCUCUUUCAAAUCAACAGCAAGUGGACUCACAUUAUCUCUUAAAAUUUUCAGCAAGUUUUCUUAUGACUAAGAAAAUUUGAAGGUAACCACAGUUGUCAGAUGUUAAUAAAAAGAUGAUUUUUCGAGUAUUAAAGGACAUUCAUACAAUAAUAAUGAGAUGAAAAAUAAUAAGAUAAGAGCUGAAAGAGCUUUGCAUUCAAUGAUCUGGAAAGUUCUCUCCCUUAAAAUUUUGAAUUUUUGUUAUGUUGUUAUUUAUUAAAGAAACUUCUCAGAGCCAUGCCAAUUUUCUCAUUCCCUGUUUAUCAUCUUUUACUUAUUGAUUAUCUUGAUUCUUAAGGGCAUGCACACACAAUUAAAACCCAAGAUUAUCAGACGAUUUUUUGUCAAGAAACUGUCCCUUCUUAACUUUUCCUAGAAAAAUAUAUUUUUAUUUUCAAAAAUUAAGAAUCUGUAUGCAUUUGGUUUGUUCAUGAAAAUGAACAAAAGUAUGACUUUAGAGCAGUGUAGAAAUGAAUUGUGUAUUAUUUAAUUUUAAACUACUUCGAUUUUUAUUUUCACAAAAAUUGAUGGAUUAAAUAUUGUUUGUCAUUAAAUCACAAGAAUGUUCGAAAUGAAAAUUAAAAGUGAACAAAACUUGUUGUGCUUCCAUGUAAAAUUAUCGUCUUUUUUGUGAAUUCACGAUUUCAAUUGGCUUUGAAGUGUGCUUGCAUGUUGAUUUUGUAAUCAGUAUCAAAAGUAACAUAGUGGUAGUGUUGUAACAUGGCUUGUGACUUAGAAAACUGAAAAUUUCUAUUCCCACUCUCUAACCACUGGAAAGGAAAGCAGAUUUUGCAACGCUGCUGUCUCUUCAGGGGAUUUUGCCUACGUGGCAGGUUAGUCUCCUACUCUGAAUCAUGAAACUUGUUGGUUUCAUUGUGUCAUUGCACAACAUCUAAUAUAGCCAGUCAUCUUUGAACAAAUAACUUCCAUGAUCUAUAUGAGUAUCAUGAAAAUGUCCGUUGAAUGAAAAUAGAGAAUUAAUUACAGCCAUCAGGUUGUGACUUAAAUUAACUGUACUCAAGGUCCUUUUGAUAAUUUUUUUGGCUUCCUUCAAGUUUAAUAUUACUAUUUUUGCAAUUACUUUGAGAAUUGCUGGUAAGCAGGAAGCAGGACAGUGUGGUUUAAAGUCUUUUUUUUACUUUGAAAUCAACAAGAUAAUUUUUAGUCACAAAUUAUGAAUUUUAAGUAUGAUUCUUGAAUAAUUCAUGACCGAUCAGUCCAAUUAAUAUUAGCCAAGGUGAUCAUACUUUGUUUUAUUUUACUGUUUUUUAAUUAGUAUUAUUAUUAUAAUAUUUUUGAAUUAAUAAAUUUAUUGCAAUGAAGAACUGA